UCAUAUGGGUAGUGCAUGUUUAUGUCAUGUAGCUGCUCAGUUUAAUUAGAUAGGCUAAUUUAUUGAUUUAGAAGAGUAUAUAAACGAAGGGACUCGAGAGGGAUUUUGAUUGAGAGAAAUCACGAUGGAGAUAUUGGUGAGAAUGUCAAGCAUUGUGGUGUGCUUGUUAGUUUCUAGUGCUGUGUUGUUACUUUUGAGCUCAAGUUCCGUUCAAGGGCUGCGUUAUGGACCCGUGAGAAGAUUCUUUAAUGGUACUGAUCAAUCUUCCAUCGUGGGAUCCGGAAAAGCGUUUGAAAAUGGUAUGGUGAGUGAACAUAACAAAGAACGAAGAGUGCAAGAAAGUAAUGGAGCAGGAGGAGGCUGCGGAGGCUGUAGAGGGAAAGAAAGAGACUGCGGUGGUUGCAAAGGAAGAGAUGGGAGUCCGGGAGAUGGGAGAAGAGGAGGCCGUGGAGGCAUGGGUGGAGGACGAGGCGGCGGCAAAGGAAAUGGAAAAGGUGAAAGAGAUGGCAGUGGUGGAAAUGAAGAAUGCAAUGACCACAGAAGGAAGAAAAGAGACGAUAGAAAUGACGACAAUGUUGGCGUUGGUAUUGGUAUUGGCGUAGGAGGUGGCCCUAGCAAUGGACCCUCAGUAGGUGGAGGUGGUGGUGGUGGUGGUGGUGGCGAUGGCGGCGGCGGUGGUGGUGGUGGUGGUGGUGGAAAUGGAGGUGGUGGUGGCGGUGGUGGAGGUGGAGGAGGUGACGCUGGAGGUGAUGGAGGUGACGGAGGUGACGGAGAUGGCUCGGGACGUGGAUGGGGCGGUGGAUAUGGUGGGGGAGGCGGAGGAGGAUGGGGAUGGGGAGGGGACGCAGGAGUAUGGGGCCCCGGAAAUAGCGGUGGUUGUUGGUUUCCCGGUUGUAAUAGAAAGUCACCGAACGGUCAAAACUAAUCAAACAUGCUAUAACAAUACAUAUUUUACAAGUCACUAGAUUUUCACCCGCGCUUUGGAAGCGCGGAAUAUUUUACGAUGAAAAAUUUCACUAAUAACUUAACAAAUAUUUUGGUAAUUUUUAAAGAGUGUGUAUUUAAAAUAUUUUUGCAUUUAAA